AUGAAAAAGGAACUGUCGGCAGCUUCUUCAAUACUAUCAACAUCCUUAAAUACACCCACUACUAUUACCAUUACAGAAGAAGAAUUAGUUGAUUGGUUUCUGGAAAAAGAUAUUUGUAAUCAAUGUAGUGUGUCAAAUGAUAAUAUAAGAAAAAGAGGAAAUGCAUGGGAUGCUUCAAGAUUAUGCACUUUAUGCUAUGGACAAGAAGAAAGAUUAGCUGCUGCAAAUACGCCCACUAUUACCACUACAGAAAAAAAAUUAGUUGAUUGGUACCUGGGAAAAGAUAUUUGUAAUAAAUGUGGUGUGUCAAAUGAUAAUAUAAGAAAAAGAGGAAAUGCAUGGGAUUCUCCAAGAUUAUGCACUUUAUGCUAUGAACGAGAAGAAAGAUUAGCUGUUGCAAAUACACUCACUACUAUUACUAUUGCUACUGCAGAAUAUAGGACUCCUAAAAUUCUUAUAAAACAAAAAUGUGAAAGAGUUCAAACAGUCUUUAAUCUGAUUACCUAG